CUACGAUUUCGAAGUCUGCUAUAAUGAACUGAACAUUUACAGUCAAGUUAUAAAUAAAUUUAACUGAAUGCAUUUUGUAUGAGGUUAUGGCGAUGGUAAGCGUCGAAGUCUAAGGAUUUUAAUUUUCGAUUAAGUUUAACAGGCGUAGACUGUAGAAUAAGAAAUUAAGAAUAAUUAAGGCUUAAUUUAAAGGAGGCUCAACCCGGCAACGGGUCAACGAACUCAAGACUGUUAAUAUUAUUAUUUGUUUAAAUUUUAUUUAACACCAGAAUUUAUACUGUAUUUUAACAGCACAAUAUAUUAAUUAAUUAUUACUAUAGUGAACUUAAUUAUUAUACUAUACUAUACAGUAACACAGUCGGCUUGGGAAUAACCCUCAGCCUCAACCCAUCUAAUAGUAAAUACUAUACACUAUCGACUAUCACUAUAAUUUAUAAUGAAAUACUAAUAAUAAUUGUCAAUAGGUAUCGAAUUAUAAGUAGCCUAUUAUUUUAUUUUUAAAUUUUAAUGCUACCCACAGAUUUGGUUUAAAAUUCUGUGGUGUUUAUGAAUUUAGUGGCUUCUAUUGGACUGGACACUUUGCAUCAUGAUGAAAUAAUUCUUUGGGACUUUGGCAUUUAUCUAGUUCAGUCAGCAUAUCACAUUCAUUUAUAUCAUUAUUUUCUUGUUACCUUAAAUUAUUCUCCAAUCUAGACAUCCUCAUUUGAGUGUAUCUUUGUUUUACAGAUUUUUUAGGUAAUUUAAUUGAUUUAAAAAUCCCCAUGCCCAAACGUUAUUGAAACUUUGCAACUGUUCAAAUCUCUCUGAUAAAGAAUUUAUAACCAUAACAUCUGUAUUUGGAGCCUCGCCAAUGCAUGCAUUUUCAAACAGCCUUUUCUCAUUCUUCUUCUUUUAUUUCAAAAAAUUAAAAAUGGGCUCUACAUCUAAUUCUGUCUGUAGCUAUUUUUUGUUGUUGCCAACUCUAGUGCAUUUCCAAAUCGAUUUUCAUGAUAAUCAAUUAAAUAAUCAUUGACUCUAUAUAUUCUAUUAAUUAGUGAAACUAACGUAGAUAGUUCCACUGAGGCAUCCUGCAUAGUUUUGCUGACAACAUUUACCCUGCCUAAGAUAUCAUACCAGACAUUUAUUAAUUGAAAAAACAUAAUCUUCUAUUUGUCAUAAUAGUGUUUCUGCCUCAUGUCACACUGCAAGAUCAGAUGCAGACUUUUCUAAAAGUUCAUAAAGUCUUCUUGAAUUCCCGAAAUUUCAUAUUUAAUGGCUUUGACACGUUGACCAAAUCUCAGCUGAUUGUAAUAAUUUUAAUAUUUGUAUACAUGGUUAAUAAAUUACUAAUAUGUUACAUUAAGAAAUGGCGUCAGCGGGGCGAGUCUAAGACUCUUUUUGCCCCCCCCCCCCCCAAAUUACCCCUCCCCGAUCCGAUGUAUCGGGUCGCGGAGCGGCACGUUGGAGAUUAUUUCAAUGAGAGAUAAUUAAAUUAUUUAUUACAGAGUGGAAUAUAUCAUGGUUAUAAUCAAUUUAAUUUAGUAUUUAUUUAUAAUCUAUUCAUUAAACUAAAAAAUCGAGGGAGAGUUUAUUCACUCAAGGAUGUUGAAAGUGUAUUCAGGUGAAUGUCAAAUUUGUAGUUGCUGCCUCCUCAGCAACCGGUCUACAAACACCUAUUACCGCCAAUCAACCAAUUUUGAGGUUUACCAAAUAAGCAAUAUGCUGACAAACUUAACGCUGUCGCCUCUGCCUAAUCAAAGUUGCUUUCACCGGAAAAGGGCGCCGUGGCAAAGAUAAAAGAACUCAAUGCAUAUACAAAGGAAGCGGCUGCCUGUGUCAGCAGCGACUUUUUCUGCCACUUCUUGUGGAUGAACAUACCAUUUAUGUAAUGUGGCAAACAUUUGGCAAUAACAAUUAUUUUCCUUCCAUGCCACCCACAUGCAUUGCUUUUUCAUAUUUUUUGAGAUCACUGAAGGUACCCUGAGCACGUGGGCCCCCGGGCAACUGCUCGAGUUGUCAGUGCCUUGAGCUGGCCCUGAGUACAACCUAUAAUGGCUAUACUAAAUAUUACUACUAUAGUAUCUAUACACUAAAGCUAAUAGUCUCUGAAAAUUAAAAAAAAAUAUAUUAUCAGUGCCAUAGUCUAUAAGUGAAAGUUAAAGAAGCUAGAAGUAGAAAAUAGAAUGUUGACAUCAAUUACAAUGAACAAGAUACUGAUGAGUGAUGUUAAUGACUAAAUCUUCACUCAGGUCAGUUCAGUUCUAGACAUGUGCAGCCUAUCAAGGCCAAGUUACUAUUAUUAUAGUUAUAGAAAGAAACGUGAAUGUAUUUUAUUUCUUUUUUUAGCAUACUAGUGGAGUGAUCAUUAUUAAGCGUUUUUAUAUUAAAAAUUCCUUAUUUACCAGAUUUCAUUAAACUACAUUAAAGCACUUCAAUAGUUAGUAGAGCAAGUAUUUAUUGUUCAUGGUUUUAACUCAAUAUCGUUUAUCUUUUUUUCCUUAAAACUAAAACAGCAUGGCCUAGGUACAGACUACUAUGUAAAUAUUGCCUGUAGUAGAAAAUUCAGAAAGCUUCUGUGAUAAAUUUCCAUUUUACAAUGUAACUGACAUGAGAAUAUUCCAUUUCAUGUUGCAUCAUUCAUUCAGUGAUUUUAGAGAUAAUAUUAUCUCACUUGAUGUAAACACAGAAGUGAUGGGUGCAAAGUCCAUUUUACUCAGUGCAAAAAAAAAAAAAAAGGCCAAAGUACUAGUUCUACUUCUACCAUUUCAAAAUUAAUUUGUCCCAUUUUGCCUCUAGUCUAUUUUAUGUUCUCACCUAAUUCAGCUUCACCUUUUACAGAGGAAAGGAACAUGUUGAAAUCAGUGAAUGAUGGCUUAAAUUUUUAAAAACAUACACUAAUCAUGUCUGUGAUUUUGAAGGGUAAUAUUAUUUUUAUUAUGACUACACAGUGACUGUGAUUUGCUUGCUACAAUGUUAUUGCUUUUGGUUUCUGUCAAAUUUGAUAAUGAAUUUUUUCGCAUGCAUAAACAUCACUCAGAUAAUAUAAUAUUCAGAUAAUUUAAGAGUUAGUGAUGAGUUCUUAACUGACAUUUAAAACUGUUAUUGACAUGUUUGAGAUCAAUGAGAUAUGUUUCACUUUCAUAGCAAAUACAAAAAAAAAAAUAUGCAGGACCUCAUGAACACAAGAUUAGAAGGACAAAAACUAGUAAAUCUUUUUAUUUAAAACUCCUUUUUUUUUUUUCAGGUUUACCAUUGGAGAAUGUCAUCAUGACAAGUCUACAAAGUAUAACAGGGAGGACAGUGUUGAUGAGAGCAACUAGUUACUCAUCUGGUUUGCAAAUCACAAAGGUUACCAAAGUAUGCCAUCAGCGUCUUAGUCCUGCCAGCCGUCUGGUGCACACUGUCGGUAAAAGUGUUGACGCGCCAAGCCUCUUGAUGGCUGAUUCAGUGUCUCCAGAAAAAUAUGUUCAGUAUAGCUCCAUGGCAGACAAUCAAAACUGGGGCCGCAUAGUGACUCUAAGAGUGCCAAGCAAACACGAUGAGAACAAAACGCUAGAUUUUAAAGUAUCUGUCCUGGACACCUACCCAGAUGCUGAUGACCGGACUCGACCCACAGUUGUAGCCGUUCACGGUUUGCCAGGAGGCGGUAUAGACUUUCUGUCACUUGCAUCAAAACUCCACGCUAAAGGCAUUCGAUUCGUAGCACCAACAAGUCUGGGUAAAGUUUUUUUGUAAACCUCAGUGGAAAAGAUUCUAGUGUAUGGGAUAAGUAAUAUUCUUUGCCAUGGCUGCCUAGCAAAUUUCAGCUCCACUUCUCUUGUGGUUAAAGCCAGAACUUUAGAAUAGUGUUCUCAUGGUUUCAUCAUGUUUUCAAGAUCUGCUGUGCAUGACAGAAAUAACUGUUUUGCUCUUGGUAUCCUUUUAAGAGAGGGCCAUCGUCUUACCCCCAUUGCCUUACCCCUAUGAUUUUAUCCACCCCUCACCCCAUCAUCUUACCCCCAUGGUCUUGCCCCAUCACCUUACCCCUUUGCCUUACCUUCAUCGCCUCACCACCGUUGUCUUACUCCCAUCGCCUUACUGCCAUUUUCUUACCCCCAUCACCUUAACCCCAUCAUCUUAACUUAGCCCAUUAAUCUUACUCCCAUCAUCUUACCCCCAUCAUCUUACCCCCAUUAUUUUUACCCCCAUCAUCGUACCCCCAUCAUCUUGCCCCAUAGUCUUACCGCAUUGUCUUACCCUAAUCGUCUUACACCCCCAGGUAUGGUAGAAAGUCCAGUUGAACUGAAGUAUUUGGACGAUGUUGACUUUUCCACAAAGGGUCGAACAAAAGUGCUGCGGCAGCUGCUUCAAGAAAUGAACAUUCAUAAGUAUUACUUUAAAGUAAUCUCUUACAUUAUUUCAUGGGACUUAUGCAUGCAUUUUUAGGACUGAUAUGUUUCCAUAUGAUUGUUUGUAAAAUAUUUUGAUAACAGAAGUCCUCUUUAGAAAUUCUAAUUCUUUUAUGUUAUAAUUAUAAUAAUGUAAUUCUUUUAUGUUGAAAGGUUUUUUUCAGUAACAAAAAAAAUGUUUUGUGUACCUGUAGACCUGAAAUGUUAUAAUUUCUCUGCCAGCGUAGACCUUUUCAUGGGGCAUAGUGCCGGGGCAUGGACGCUCUAUGAAGUUGGUGCCUAUUGGUCGAAUUUCGGUGCCUUGUUAUUUGUGAAUCCCGGGGGAGCCAGUCCCAACAGGUAAAAAUAUUUGAUUUUACAUGUUCAUCGCUCUUAUGUUACAGUGGGUAUGCCCCAAUGUUACAGCAGGUGGGCCCAUGAGAAAUGUCACACUCCAAUGGUCAUCCACCAUUUAGGAAUUAACUAAGCUAAUAAAAUAAGAUUAAAAUCCCCAAAGGCUUCUAACGCAAGCUGUAAUUCUGUUGCAACAGUAUCAGGGUCAGUAAUCAAACUCACAUUAAAUGAGUUAUGUCUCUUAAAUCAGACGUGAUGGGUAAAUGGAGGUGGGAGUUCCACUAAUUUUUUUAUCCCAUGUAAAACAAAUUGUCUGAUUUGUUCCCCUUAGAUAAUAUAUUAUAUAUUUUCAAAAUUGUCAAGUUGACUUGAGUGAAAUAUUACAUUAACAGUAUUCAUGAAAACAGUCCUCUCUUAAUGGGUAUGAUUUAUUAUGUAUGUAUGCCUUUUUUUUUCUUUACUACUUAUUUAGGGGAAUACGGCCAUACUUCCUAAUGCAAUUUAUGGCUUUCUUGCUUCAGUGGUCACUAGGUAGAUGGCUUAUACUUCCAGUUAUGGAAAUUGGUUAUAAAUUUCAAGGUACCUUUGAAAUUUAUUCUUACAUUAAGUAUAUUUAAGUUUACAAAAGUCUCUUACAUUUAUUUCAAAUUUUUAACCCAGUUUUAUUGCUUUUCAAAAAAUAAAAUGUUUUAAAUAAGAUAAAAAAAACAAAAGAUUAUUAACAAAAGAACAACACAAACUGAAAGGAAGUUGAUGUUUUUGUUGCCUAUAUGUUGUUAAGUUCUUCUGGCUCUACAAUGUUCCACUUCCAAUUCUAAUCUUAAAUCCCCCAUUCAGGGUUGUAACAGUAAAACUUUGUGUGUGCUAUUUUAAUGUUAUGCAGAAUGAGGGGAGAGAAUAAGAAGAGCUAGAUGUAAUGGACUAUGUUAUGCAGCCAUGUUGGGAAAUGGUGUUAUGGGUCUGUUAAGUGUGCGAUAUUUGUGAGCACAAUAGUAAAGAUAAUUAAUGAAACAGAAGUAAACAUAUAUAUAUAUAAUAUAUAUAUAUAUAUAUGGAUAUUCUUCAUUAUCAGUGAAGUUAUUUUUGUCAUGGAAAUACGUUACCUUCUUAGUGUAAUAAAGGGCCAGCAUUUGUUACUUCAAGUCGUCAAGUGACUUUACGAUUUAUUUCAAUGACAUUUGAUGCACUGAGAUGUGGCCGAAACAGUCACUCAGCUGUCAGUCAUAGACUUGGUACUAACUUAGUUAACCAUCACUACUGUAUCACCAACACCAGGGUGAGCGGUUACAAGGGUAACUCUCAACCAGAGGAUGAUCACCAUCACUCUCUGCAUCCAAUUUCAAUCAAUUCCACAUCUCUCUGUCCAAUGUUUUAUUGUCAUAGCUUGAAGCCAGCCUCAGCAAAAGUUUGACAAGUGUCUUAUUAUUUGAUAGUCUGUCAACUAAUUUGAGCAAAAUUUUUCUAAGCUCUGCUUAAUGCUUAUCUUGGAGAGCUGACAUUCGGUAAAAGACUAAGUCUGGAUGUAUUGUCAUUAAUGGAUGUGUACGCACUUCUCGAUGUGUACACACUUUUGGAUGUACCAGGUUAAAAUAUCACAGGGAAAGUAGAAUUAAAAAAGGGCUGAAAAUUUGUUUGUGUCUUACAAAUUGCUUGUGAUCAGGGAAGUAAGUACCGUAUAUUUACAUACAUUUGAAUUAAACCCAACCUAUGUCAUAGUGUGUAGGUUUUGGGGUUUGUCUCUAGGUUGCAGAGCUGAAUAUCUAUGUUGUUGAGGUGAGCCUCUAGGUUGUAGAUCUAGGUGUCUAGGUUUUAGAUCUGUGUCUCUAGGUUGUAGAGCUGUGUCUCUAGGUUUUAGAUCUGUGUCUCUAGGUUUUAGAUCUGUGUCUCUAGGUUGAAGAGCUGUGUAUCUAGGUUUUAGAUCUGUGUCUCUAGGUUGUCAGGCUGAGAUAGUUGGAAGCCAGGUCAGCCGAUUGUCUGGCUGAAAUAGUUGAAAGCCAGCUCAGCCGAUUGUCAGGCUGAGAUAGUUGAAAGCCAGCUCGGCAGAUUUUCAGGCUGAGAUAGUUGAAAGCGAGCUCAGCAGAUUGUCAGGCUGAGAUAGUUGAAAGCCAGCUCAGCAGAUUGUAAGGCUUAGUUGAAAGCCAGCACAGCCGAUUGUCAGGCUGAGAUAGUUGAAAUCCAGCUCAUCAGAUUGUCAGGCUGAUAUAGUUGAAACCCAGCUCAGCCGAUUGUCAGGCUGAGGUAGAUUGUCAGAGAAUCAGGAUAGUAGAGAUUAAAGAGAUGUGUUUUGAGUGUAGUUUUGAAAGCUGUGAUGGUUGGUAUAUUGCGGAUGUGUAAUGGAAGAGAAUUCCAUUAAUUGGGGGCUCAGAAAGAGAAAGAUCGUUCACUGAAUUUUUUUGUGCGAGUCUUGGGUACAGAAAGAAUAUAUGCGUCUGCAGAGGAGCAAAGCUGUCAAAGGGGUGAAUAGACGGAGAGAAGUUCGGUUUAAUAGGAAGGGCAGGAAUUUGAGAAAAAGUUGUGGCAAUCCAAAUGAUGAAAUAUGAACAUGGUGAUUGGUGAUACAGCAAUUUUUAUAAAUGUAUUUAAAACGAAUAAUUGUGAUAUUGGCUCAAAAUGCCAUGCGGUUAUAUUGGCACUAAAUGUAUCUUGAAUGGGUUUUUUUGGCCAGGUUUUAAAGAAAUUUUUGCUGGGAAUGGUGACCAUCUAGUGGCAACUCAGCAAUACAUCUCAAACGUACACUUUGAAAAUGUGAGUGCCAUCAUGAUAUAGAUAAUAACAAUGUGAAAAAACUUGGCUUUGUAUAUAGUUAAUUUAAUAUUUGAUUAAAUUUAAAGUAUUUACUAACUGUAUAGCCUUAUCUAUAUGGCAAAAAUCCUCUGAGUGUAUCUAUGUAUAUUGAAAUUAUGAACUUUUUUAUUGUUGAUACAAAAUUAUUAUUUUCUUAAAUAUUAUUUUGAACUUAAAUACAUUUCUGAUAGCAUCUGUAAAGUUAAUGGUUGCUAUUUGAAAUAUCCUAGCCAUUGUUACAGAUGCUAUCUCCAAUUCUUGGUCAAUUAUUUUUUAUACUGGUACUAACCAAAUCCAUUUGGAUUGUUUUGUAUUUUUUAUAUCGGUACUAACCACAUCCAUUUGGAUUGUUCUGUAUUUUUUAUACCGGUACUAACCACAUCCAUCUGGAUUGUUCUGCAGGUUGCAAAGAAUGCUGCCGCCAUACAAGCCAAAGCUGUCCCCAUUGUCGUGAUGUACUCCUUGAAUGACAAGCUGAUAGAGCCAAAAAUUAGUGCAACAUUAGUCAACCAUCUUGGAAUACCCGAGGCAAACACUGUCAGAUUUUCAGCAGACAAGUUACCAGAUAAAGACCCCUUUUUAGGUAAUUGGCGUCUUAAGUAGUCUUACUUUUGUUGCGGUAACUAAUGUACCAUUUUAUUUUAUACCCUAUUUAUGACAAUACAUCCAGUCUGUCUUCUCUUAACCCCUCCCUCCAUAACAAUACAUCCAGUCUGUCUUCUCUUAACCCCUCCCUCUAAUGACAAAACAUCCAAUCUGUCUUCUCUUAACCCCUCCCUCCAUAACAAUACAUCCAAUCUGUCUUCUCUUAACCCCUCCCUCCAUAACAAUACAUCCAGUCUAUCUUCUCCUUAACUCCUCCCUCUAUUCCAGAACAUCCAGUCUGUCUUCUUAACCUCUCAGUCUAUUACAAUACUUGUACAUCCAGUCUAUCUUCUCCUUAACUCUUCCCUCUAUUCCAAAACAUCCAGUCUGUCCUCUUAACCUCUCAGUCUUUUACAACACAUCCAAUCUAUCUUCUCCUUCAAGUUCAACCCCUUAAAAAAAACUAUAGCCAGAGUCAGCAAGAAGAAUGUAUGCACACUUCUUGAUGUAUACACACUUCUGGAUGUAUACACACUUCUGGAUGAUAAAAACUUGUAGACAUAAUUUAAUGCUAAAUUUAUUUUAACGCUCACCGAUGACAGAAGUGGACAGUCAUAAUGUGUUCAGUCAGGGAACUCAAUGACAUCUCUUUUGGACCUCAACGAUAGCCUCAAAUUUUAUAACAGCACUUUAAAAUGUUUUAUUUUUCUCAAAAGACAACUCUUCCUUUAUCAAUUUGUUGUUGUUUAUGUGAAAAAUUUGAUAUUGCAACCAUAAAGACAGUUUUCAUUGUAUCCCUUGUGUAUUAAUCUAAAUAAGUUAAAUUUUAAAAUAUUAAUUCAUCCUCCCUCCAGAAUUGUGCAUGCUGUAUUCUCCUAGGGUGAAAUGGGCCUUCAGUUUUUGCCAGUGCUAAAAUUCUAUGAAGUUAAUUAUCAACCUUAUACCUAUUUUAUGAUCAUCUCUGGACACUAAUUGAUGCCAAUUAUUUGAUUCCUCAUCAACAGUGCCAGAAGGCUGGCUGUGCCGUUGUUUGAUAUUUGAGAGAGGCGGCCACGUCGCCCACCUGGCGCACGAAGAGCAGCUGAUUGACCAAAUAGAUGACCUACUGAAUUACGCAGCAGCAAAGAAGCAAAAUGUCUUAUGAGGACAUCCAUCCUUUAGCCGCCUAC